GCCCUCCUAAGAUAAACCAUGAGCGCGUCUGCCAGUCAGGGGGUGAUCACGUCCCCUCCGCCUCCCACCAUGCCGCACAAAGAGGGUUAUUUUGACCGAAUCGAUGAGAACGAUCCCGGCUACAUCCGCGAGAGGAACAUGUCCCCGGACCUUCGGCAGGACUUCAACAUGAUGGAGCAGAAGAAGCGGGUCACCCAGAUCUUAAAGAGCCCGGCGUUCCGCGAGGACCUGGAGAGUCUGAUCCAGGACCAGAUGAACAAGGGCAACAACCCCACCGGUCUACUGGCGCUGCAGCAAAUCGCCGAUUACAUCAUGGCGAGUUCCUUCGCCGGAUUCGCUUCCUCCCCGCUCAGAACCGCAUGCAGCCCCCUCUCUGACCCCUCUCCCCAUUACUUGCAUGCAGAUUCACAUAAACACCCGGCCUGUUUGGGGAUGGUGACCCCCAUCAAUGACAUCCACGCCUCGGCAGAGGCCACGAUGGCCAAGGGAGAGAAGCUGAUUCGCUGCAAGCUGGCGAGCAUGUAUCGCCUCGCCGACCUGUUUGGAUGGGCGCACAUUCCAAACGCCUUCAUUACGGUCCGAGUCAGCAAAGAGCAGGAUCACAUCCUCAUCGUUCCCCGAGGCCUCUCCUUCUCCGAAGCAUCGGCCUCCAACCUGGUGAAACUGAACAUUAUCGGAGAAGUAGUGGAUCAGGGGACCACCAAUUUACGGAUCGACUCUUCCGCCUUCAGUCCUCAUGCCGCCAUCUAUUCCAUGCGCCCCGACGUGCGCUGCGUCGUCCACAUCCACACGCCGGCCACCGCUGCUGUCUCCUCCAUGAAAUGCGGGAUCCUCCCGAUCUCCCAAGAGGCGCUGCUGCUGGGCGACGUGGCUUAUUACAACUACCACGGCUCCCUGGACGACCUGGACGAGCGAAUCCAGCUGCAGAAGGCCCUCGGGCCGAGCUGCAAGGUCCUGGUGCUCCAGAAUCACGGUAUUAUGGCCCUCGGGGAGACGCUGGAGGAAGCUUUCCACUACAUCUUCAACGUUCAGCUGGCCUGUGAAGUGCAGGUACAUGCCCUGGCUGGGGCAGGAGGGAUGGAUAACUUACUGCUUCUGGACAUGGAGAAGUAUAAACCCGUGACGCACGAGCUUGCCGCCGACGGCGCUGGAGGAGUGAACAUGGAGGGGCAGCACAAGUGGAAGAUCGGGGAGCUGGAAUUCGAGUCCCUGAUGAGGAUGCUGGAUAAUCUGGGUUAUAGGACUGGCUACGCUUACCGCCAGCCGCUGGUCCGAGAGAAGCCGCGACACAAGAGCGAGGUGGAGAUCCCCGCCACCGUCACGGCGUUCUCCUUUGAGGACGACCCGGCUCUGCUGCGCUCGCCCCUGCGGUUCCUGGCGCAGAAGCAGCAGAGGGAGAAGACUCGAUGGCUGAACUCUCCCAACACCUACCUGAGAGUCCACGUGCCCGAGGAGUCCCUGAACGGAGAGAUGAGUCCACGGACCAAGAUCACGUGGAUGAAAGCUCAGGAGCUGAACAGGGCGUGCGGAGAGUAUCCCAUCAAGAUAGAAGAUCCCAACCAGUUCGUCCCAUUAAACACCAAUCCGACGGAUGUGCUGGAGAAAAGAAACAAAAUCCGUGAACAAAACCGGUACGACCUAAAAACAGCGGGACCCAAAUCUCACGUGUUGGCCGGCAUCGUAGUGGACAAGAAGCCGAGCCCUCCUAUGCAGUUCGAGGAAGAUGAAAACGCGCCGCCGCCUCCUCCCAACCCCUUCAACUAUCUCCUGGAGCAAGAGACGGAGGGAGAACGGACGGGGGGCGACGUACCCGAUGCUGAGCAUGAAUUAAUUCUGGACGAUGCGCCCGCUGCCCCUUUAACUCAAUCUCCACCCCAGACUCCAGAAACUGAAACAGAGCCAUCAGAGGACCACAUGAAUGACACAGAUUCCCCCGCUGUGGUGGUAAAUGGCAAAGAUGGCAGCCACGAGGGUAAGGAUGACCUGACAGUGCGGGUGAGCCACUUAAGCGUGGGGGAGAGCGUGGAGAUCACGGUCAGAACCUCUGAGAAGAUCAUAGAGGGCGAGCUGACCCCCGAGGGAUCCCCAUCCAAAUCUCCCAACAAGAAGAAAAAGAAAUUCCGCACCCCGUCCUUCCUGAAAAAGAACAAAAAGAAGGAGAAACUGGAAGCAUAACUGCCAAAUUUGCUUAGAAUGGGAGGGG